AUGAGGGACACGCUUAUCCCCAAGGUACGUGGUGUCCCAUUUCCCCCCAGCAUCUCAUUCUCCCAGCCAGCAAGUGGUGUUUGUGUCGCUUUUGUGAAUCCUCAGAGGCGACACGUCAUGCGGCCAACAACUCGUAUCACAAAUCCUCUAAUUCUCAAGUUCCUGACGAUAAAGCGCCCGCCCGACGCCAGCCGGGCGGAGUUUUUUGUCCACGCUGAGGCGUUUGCCGCCCUCGUGCACCUCGAGUUUGUCUCCAUUCAGGGCGCAGUGACCACCAUCCUCACGUUGCUACGCAAGCCGGACAACCGUUGCGCUGCAGUGACCAUGCUGGGGAAGACUGUUGAGCUCUGUGCUCCCCAGCUAGUGGCUCAGGGCGACCCAGGCAAGAUGGAGGAGUUGAGGAAAGCCGUGUUGGGACUCAAAGAAGAGGCAUUCCGCUACGAUGUCAAUUACGUGAGGGACAGCCUCGGUUGGACAGACAGCCCAAUCACCUCCACCACCUCUCCUGCUCCUGCCGCUACAGCCGCUACAGCCGCUACAGGCGCUCUUCCCGCCGUCCCCCAUGCUACAGCCGCUCUUUCUGCCGCCAUGCUGGUCCCGGUCGACUCCUAUCACGGGCAUCUGCACACCAUCCUGGCAGUGGGGGUGGACAACAACAGCGGGGCGGCAGCAUCACACCAUCACUCAUCCAUCUCAUCCCCAUGCUCCCUGUGCUUCUCCCAUCAUCAUCUCUUUCCAUCAGCCAUGCUGGUCCCUGUCGACUCCUACCACGGGCAUCAGCACACCAUCCUGGCAGUGGGUGUGGACAGCAACAGUGGGGCGACGUGGAGUGCAGCGAUGGACGGCAGCCUCAUCAUGUGGGGGGCCGACGGCAAGCCCCGUCAGUCUCUCCUGCUCGGUUCACACUAUGUGUGUGGAAUGGACCUUCUAUACUCGCCCCCAUCUCUGCUGCUCGCAGCGGCACCAAGGGACGACAUGAGCGAGGGUCAAGCAGCCUCCCACCCUGUUGCCCCUUGCAUCCUGCAACUCACGGGGGACGAGGGGGCAGGGGGAGGGGCAGGGGGGGGGGGAGGAGGGGGAGGGUGGCAAGUGACUGGGCGGCUUGACCGCAAUCAGACGAGUGUGAUAUCGUGUAUCAAGGCCAUAGGAAUUCACCCUGAUCUGGCAUUCAUCACGGCCGAAAGCAUGGCUCCAUCCGACGGCUCUCCUGCCUCCCCGCGCGACCGCAUAUGCUGCUAUGACUUGACUGGGGCGCCAUUCUCAAGCCUGCACCCUGUCAGGCAGUACACAGAGCACGAGGACCUGAUCACGUGUCUCACAGUCUUCCCCCCCAACCCCAACCUCUUCCUCUCGGGCUCUCGGGACACCACCAUUCGCCUCUGGGAUCGCCGCGCCUCCAACGCCGUUGUGGCAUCGGGCGGCAUGGAUGGUUACCUGAAACUCUGGGACCUCCGCUCCCUGCACUCCCUCGGGAACUCCCCGCCUCUCGGUUCGCUGAACCUGGACGAAUCCCCCAUACUCAAGCUGGCCAGUAGCAUGCUGCCAGGUGUCGUCGCUGUGAGCACUGUGAGGGGGCUGUACUUGGCUGAUCUGAGUGGCAGUGUGGGGCCGAGUGGUGGUGGUGUUGCCAGGCUGGCAGGGGGGUUUCAGGAUGGCCGGCAGCCCGGUCGGUAUCAUGAUAUCAAGUGGGCACAUGGGCGGCGGCUGCUGUUUGCUGGUGGAGAUGCAAUGCGGGUGGAUGUGUAUGGGUUGCAAUGA